AUGAUUCCGUGCAUAAUCACAUGUCUCCAUAAAGUAAUAAGUAGUUUCAAUCGAACUAUCUAUAUCAACCCAAACUAUAGAAAUUUCUUUCCAGUUUAUUGUAGAAAAGAAUUUAUUUUUAUUCAAGAGUUUGAUAUUGUUUUUCUGAGUUUUACUAUUCAACAGUCGAGAUUGAAUGCUUUGCUUUUCUGCUUGAAUUAUUGA